AUGGAGCUUGUUUCUUCAAGUUCAGAUAUUGGCAUCAUAUUCUAUGGAGACUAUCACAUUGCAAAACUGGCUUCUUUCUUCCGGUUGAAUUUCGAUGGAGCUUGUGGUGACAAGGUAACUAAGAGGGGGAUGGUUGCUGUUAUUAGAAACGAAGCAGGGGGGCUAAUUGCAGGACAAUAG